AUGUUGCCAGAACUCCUACGCCUGCCACCCUCAUCUACCUCCAGGCCAGUUAUCACACCUAACCUGACGCACAGAAGGAAGCGACCUCAAAUUGACCCCCGAGAGAGUAACAUGACCUCAGGAGUUCUGGUCGUGUUUGAAGGUCAAGAACAGACGCGUUUACUACUUGAUGUUCACGGUCCAUUCCUGACACCGUUUACAGGUCACGACGCUUCCACGCCCACACGCCCCUACACCCUACAAGCCAACACACUUCCACACGCCCAGACGCCCAAACGCCUCUACGCCCAGACGCCGCCUCCAAAUCCAGACGCCUCCAAACCCAGACGCCCACACGCCCACGCCCACACGACGCCUCCACGCCCCCCACUCCUACAUGCCUCCACGCCCACACGCCUCCACGCCCUGGCCACACGCCCCUACACCCACAAGCCAACACACUUCCACACGCCCAGACGCCCAAACGCCUCUACGCCCAGACGCCUCCAAACCCAGACGCCUCCAAACCCAGACACCCACACGCCCACACGCCCACACGCCUCCACGACCACACGUCCAUACAUCGACCCUUUUGAAUCACCCAUGUUUGUAAGGGUGAUGCCUACAGAAAAAGAUCGUAUUUUUUUUAAGGAGUUUAAUGGUUCAUAA